AUGCGUCCGAAGCCCAGGCUGCGCUCCGAGCGAACAAGGAGGUGUUCUUCUUCCGACUGGAACGUGAGAUCGAGAAAGUCAACGCUUUCUAUCUACAAAAAGAGGCCGAGGGGACAGUUCUCCCAACGGUUAAAGACUCUGGUUGACAAGAAACGGGUCGUCCAGUCGCGGACGGUAACCAAGUCUAAAGCCCCGGCGAAUUUAGUCGCCCUCCUUGAAGGCUUCCAGCAGUUUGAUGGCGACCUGAAUAAACUACAGCAAUUUGUCGAGAUCAAUGAGACUGCCAUGUCAAAAAUUCUUAAAAAGUGGGAUAAAACGUCAAAGUCUCGCAUGAAAGAACUAUACCUCCACCGCGCCGUCGAAGUACAGCCCUGUUUUAAUAGGGAUGUUUUGCGAGAUCUUUCUGAUCGGGCGACAACCGCCCGGAUAGAGCUCGAAGCCUGGGCGGAGGGUGAGAACAUCCAGUUUGACACGAUCCGUCCAGCUGAGCGGACGACGGCGGUCGGUUCAGAGGAAGAAGACCUUGACUUGCAGGUUCUACAGUCUGCCACCGCAGGGAAUUUACAGGCACUGCGCGAGUGGGCAGACAAACUACAGAAAUCCCCUGAUUCCCGCGAGCGGGCCACACGCACGUUUCUGGCCGCAAUCAAUGAAUUCUCUGACGAUGUGCUCGCUGUUCUCCUUGAGAGUAGAUUAGUCGAUAUUUUCGCCGAGGAUGACAUCAACGAGCGGAACUGCCUGCAUGAAGCGGCCAUUUCUGGUCGCAACUUCGUUUUUAAAGCUGGUCUUGAGGCGGGCGUGCAGGCAUCUAGGACCGACGUCUACGGAAGGAUUCCUCUACACUAUGCUUGUAUACAUGGUCGUGUGGAGAUGGUACAGCAGCUGUUGGCAGCUGAUCAUAGCACUGUGGAUAUCAUGGAUCACGACAACUUCACGCCUCUGAUACAUAGCAUUGUGAAGAACCAACUCGACUGUGCGGAGCAGCUCCUCCGAAAUAAUGCCCGUAUCGAUCCCGUGUCUGAAUCUGAUCACAUUCCGCUUAACCUGGCAUGCCAACAUGGGUCGCUACCUAUAGUCAAAAUGUUGUUAGAACGACAAGCCCAGUUACUCCCCGACGCUGAAGGUCUCUACCCUCAGCACAUGGUGGCACGCGCUUCACAAUCACCUGAAAUCUUGCUUUUGCUCAAACAGCAUGGUGCUGAUCUUAACCAGAGAGACAAAUUAUAUCAAUGGACUCCUCUUUUCCACGCCGCCAGUGAAGGCUGUGUCAAUUGCCUGCGGACCCUUCUGGAACUGGGCGUGGACGCAAAUGCCAAGGACGAGAAGGGGUUGGCGGCGGUUUACUACGCUGCAUGGGAGGGUCAUCUGGAAUGCAUGUUGCUGCUGUGGUCCCAUCACGCCGAGUCUCAGCCGUCACAGCGACCGUUGGAUAUCUUGAACGGCUUGAGACUACAUGAACCGAGUUCUACCAUCGCCUGGGAGGAACAGGCCCCGGUGGAGGCAGAGGACAUGGAGACAGUAGAUGGGAUUCCCGAUCUAUCUCUCCCUCCACCGAUCAUCCCACUGAGGCGCUAUGGGCACAAUUUUCUGGACAAGAAAGUUUUUAUACAGAUUCUCUUCGACCCGAGCAGCUCCAUAUCCUUUGACCAAGCUGGACGUUACCCUGCUGCAAGGCUAACGAUCUCUUCGAAACUAUCCGAGUUAAUUCCGCGAACCGUGAUGCUCCCGAUCCAGGAAGACUCGCGAAUGAUCUCCUUCCAUGUCGAUACGUUGCAGACCUUUACCGUUGAUUAUGAAAUCUUCCCUACUUUCGGCUCCAAGGUGAUCGCAAAGACCGUCGCCCUCCCGACAGUAUUCAGGGCAGAAAAGUCCAGCGCCGGUUCCUGUUGUCUGCCUCUUUUCGAUCCCCGGUUACGGGCCAUCGGGCAGCUCCGAUUCGGGUUUCAAGUCAUCAAACCAUACCAUGGGGAUCCUCUUGAGAUCACGCAUUUUGCGACAUACUGGAAGGCGACUAGCACUGGCGAAUCUGACCACAGUGGCCUAGUUACUGGAUCAAGCUUGUCGGGAGACCACAUUCAACUUUUCGUCCAAGUUACAAGGGACAAGGUACCAGUUGUCCAUCCGCAAUACACAGUGAAACACUAUGGCAUUGACAUCCCGGUUUGUCAUCUCACCUUGUCUGAAUUCCAAGCUAUUGGCGGGGAAAAGAAUGUAAACCGCCCAGAAAUUCUACAGUUUCUGCAGACACGUGCUUCUGAUGACCUGGCCCUUGCCCAUCGAAUACUUGCAGCAUCAUUCUUAUCAUUGCGCGAUGUUUUCCAGAAUCUUCCGGUCGAUGUCAAUGUCAACCUGUCUGUUCUCUAUCCAUCAGCCGCUGAAGAGCAAGCGUUGAAUAUGACGUCUAUGACGGAUGUCAAUACAUUUGCCGACGCCAUCUUAACAGUUGUCUUUGACCAUGCGCGUAUUGCACGCGAUAAGAACCCGGAAUUCAUGCGCUCCGUCGUAUUUACAUCUUAUAACGCCAAUAUCUGCGUUGCCCUGAACUGGAAGCAACCAAACUACCCCGUUCUUCUCUGUAACGAUCUUGGUCAAAUCCGCGAUCUGGCUCGUAAUGCCGGGACUCAUCCUGAUGUUGACAGCAGUGGUCGAGCAUCAAUGUCGAUCAAGGAAUCGGCCCGUAUAGCACAGAGCAACAACUUCAUGGGCUUGAUAUGCCGUUCUAGUCUCUUGAAUGUCGUACCAGCCUUGGUUGCAACUAUCAAGGAACUCGGCCUUGUACUUGUAGCGGACACCUCCGACGAAAUUGAACAACCGGAGACCCAAGCCUUGUCAGCUGCGGGCUCAAUGGGCGUUGCUGAAUUGGCAUACCGCAUGCCUGAAGGCGUGAAUGGCUUGAUGAAGGCCAACGGCAUUCUGAGGUUUAAUGACAUGAUUGAUAUGUGA